AAUGUUGCUGCCGUGUGUUGUCCACUAGAGGACAGUAAACUACUGCAGACUUCCGCCCACAUGCAGAGGAAGCGAGCGGCAACCGUAGAAGAAGAAACUCCCCGUGGAGUGAAUUGAAUGAAUCGGUUGAACUCGGCUCAUAAGUCACUUGGUUUUUAUUAAAGCGAGUCUGUUUAAAGACUGCUGAAGGCUGCUGUUUGGAGUGAAAAUGUCAGGGGUACCUCCGGACACGUGGCAGCCGCCAACAGUUGCUCUGGAUACGACGAUGGGGACGAUCGUGGUGGAGCUGUACUGGAGACACGCACCAAAGACCUGUAAGAACUUCGCAGAGCUGGCCAGGAGAGGCUACUACAACAACACAAAGUUUCACCGAAUAAUCAAAGACUUCAUGGUGCAGGGCGGAGAUCCUACAGGAACAGGUCGUGGUGGUGCCUCCAUAUAUGGUAAACAGUUUGAAGAUGAGCUGAACCCAGAGCUGAAAUUCACAGGUGCUGGUAUUCUGGCGAUGGCCAACGCAGGACCAGACACAAACGGCAGCCAGUUCUUCCUCACUCUCGGACCCACUCAGUGGUUAGAUACAAAGCACAGUAUUUUUGGACGAGUGUACCAGGGGAUGGGAGUGGUGAACCGGAUCGGGAUGGUGGAGACGAACGCUCAAGAUCGGCCAGCUGAUGACAUCAAAAUCCUCCGAUGUAAUGUUCCCAAUUAAAUGUGCAGGUUUUUUAUUUUCUCACUGAAUUGUUUUUUUUUUUUAAUAAAUGUUUCUUAAAUUCAA